UUAAUACAUAUUAAUUGGGCACCAUGGAUUUUUGUGUGGUGAGAUCAAGUAGAGGCCUAGUUCCACCAUCUGGGGUGACACCAUCAGGCACGCUUGAUCUAUCAGUGAUUGAUAGAUUAGCAGUGCUAAGAUGCAACGCUCGAACGCUGCACGUGUUCCGGCAUGGUGUUGGAGCAGUGCAUGAUGUCAUAAGAAAUGCCUUGUCCAAGGCAUUGAUUCCCUACUAUCCGCUUGCAGGACGGUUGAAUAAUGUUUCGAGCCAAUCAGGUCAGCUAAUUCAGAUUGAGUGUUCUGGAGAAGGUGUUUGGUUCGUGGAAGCAUCAGCUAAUUGUACCCUUGAAUCCGUUAAUUACUUUGAUCAUGCACCAUCCAUCCCCUAUGAUAUGCUUCUUCCUGAUCAUCCUACCGAAACUACUCAAGCCACAGACGCUCUCGUGCAAAUGCAGGUGACUCAAUUUGCGUGCGAUGGAUUUGUAAUUGGGCUGGUAUUCUGCCACAGCAUAUGUGAUGGCUUAGGAGCAGCACAGUUUCUGAAUGCGGUGGGGGAGCUGGCUAGGGGUCUUCACCAUCCCACCAUUGCACCUGCUUGGUGUAGGGACUUUCUUCCACCACCACCACAACCACCGAAAACUGCAUUGCCAACUCCUCCUCCUCCUCCUCUGCCCAAUUACGGGCUUGAGCAUGCCAUUAUAGACAUUACUGCAGAUCAGAUCAAACAGCUCAAGCAAGAAUUUCAAGACUCCACCGGUGGUCAAACUUGCUCGUCCUUUGAAAUUGUGGCUGCCACGUUAUGGAUCCAUCGAACUCGAGCAAUUCACUUGGAUGCUGAUGAUAAUGAUCCAAAUACACAACUACUCAAGCUUGUCUUCUUUGCGAAUUGCCGUCAGCUUAUUUUGAACCCACCUCUGCCCCAAGGUUUCUAUGGGAACUGCUUCUUUCCGGUCACCGUCUCGGCCUCGAGCCAGACCCUAACAGGAGGAUCAGGGUCAGGGUCAUCGUCCAUUGUUGAUGUGGUGAAGCUGAUCCAAGAAGCCAAGACUAGGCUAGCAGAUGAAUUUGGGAAAUGGACAAAGCAGCAGCAGCAGCAGCAGCAGCAGCAGGGUGGUGAGCAGCUAAAAAAUGAAGAUGGUCAAAUUCCUGUGGACCCAUUUGCACCACCUCUCCUCUACACCACAUUGUUUAUAUCAGAGUGGGGCCGACUGGGUUUCAACCAGAUUGACUAUGGGUGGGGCCCACCAGUCCACGUUGUUCCAAUACAAGGCUCAAGUAUCAUACCAGUUGGCAUUGUUGGGUCACUGCCUUCACCAAAGAAAGGUAUCCGUUUGAUGACAUGGUGUGUCCAAAAGCCCCAUCUUCAACCCUUUCUUCAUUACAUGGAUGCCCAAUUUCAGAUGAAUUAUCCUUGAUCCAUGACAUAUAUAUGUAUAUGGUUACAAAAUAAAUUUAAUAAUUAACUAAUAAUGGUUUGCUAAGAAUCAAGUAUAUGAGAGUUGGUUAAUUUUGUGUAUUGGUUUGUUACGUAAAUUAAUGAAGUUGAAAAGAAACAUGCACCAAUGAUUCAAACAUAAGACAAUU